AUGAAUUACAUUGAAGAAAUUGACAUGGAUUACUUCAUAACAUUGAUUCAGGAAAGGGAAAUUAUAUGGGACAAGUCAAACGUAGAUUUUAAAAAUAAAAAUUUAAAAACAAAAGCCUGGGAAGAAAUAUCAAAGGUUUUAUUUCCUGAUUACGAGAAUUUCACAGCUGAACGAAAAAACAAAGUUGGUAAUGAUUUAAUGACGAAAUGGAGAAGUGUAAAAGAUAAUUACUUCAGAUAUUCAAAAAAAUUAAAAGAAGCAUCAAAAUCGGGCUCGGGCGCUACGAAACUGAAAAAGUAUCAUUUAUAUAAUCAACUUCUUUUUUUGAGAAGAGUGGAACAAAAUGCCACCGAAUCUAGCUUAGACUCGCCUAGAGAAAUCAACAAUGAAUCUACGUCUACAAAUGAUGAUAUUACCACAGACGACUCUCCGCGCUAUGUUCCAGUCGCGCGCAAAAGGGCAAUGCAAAUGGAUGAGUUUGAAAGAGAAGGGCUAAAACUUCUCAAGGAGCCGGAUAAUCGCCAUAUGUCCUUUUUCAGAGGUAUAUUGCCAUCAAUUCAAGAUUUUUCCGACCGACAAACUCUCCGUUUCCAAAGUCAAGUAAUACAAAUGAUAGACGAAAUGCGGUAUGGACAAACAACAUCAUAUGUGAGUGGCCCAUCAACGUCUCACCAACCAUUAUCAUAUGGGUAUCAAACAAGCAAUUUUCAAAGUACAUUCAAUUCUGAUAAUAAUAAUUCAAUUACAUCUCCAGAUCAAACAUCUCAAGCAAGUGAAGAAACCGAAUACGAUUUUUGUAAUUUGUAA